AUGCAGGCCGUAGCAAAACUUCGUGGUCUUCGGGUCCCUCUUUAUCCUAAAGCUGUAGUUGCUUUAGGAUACCACAAAAAUGUGAUUGAUCACUACGAAAACCCUCGGAACGUGGGUUCUUUGGAUAAGAAAGAUAAACGUGUCGGUACUGGGCUGGUUGGGGCCCCGGCUUGUGGAGACGUGAUGAAACUGCAAAUCAAGUUGGGUGUUGAAACAAUGUUUGCCAGAGCAUCAUCAACUGGUAGAGAGUUCCAUGUGCUGCACACUGACUGCAAACGAAUGGCGUCUGCAGUCGAGAUGGCUCCCUUUGGAGUGCCAAUUUCAGUGGAUGCCCUCUGA